AUGGCCGAGUGCCUUCUGAAAACGCCGAGUAGCUUCCAGUCGUCUGCCAUGUUUGAAGGCUCAGAGGCUGUCGAGGUGGAGGGAGGAAGCACGGAGAGCACCGUGGCUUCAUCCAUCAGCGCCUGCAAGAAGGUCCUGUGCAGUAACAGCGUGCUGGACUCGUCGGAGUAUUGGCUGAGGAAUGAGAAAGCUCUCUGCAGGCUGGGCCUGCUGGACGACGACGCGGAGGGCAGCCGCACCAUGAUCUGUUUUGUGAAUCUGGACCCACAAAAAACGGACUGUCGUGAUGACAAAAGCAUCAAGAAAUUGGCAUCAGUGUCUCCAGACCUGCCAAAGCUUGUUGAAGUGCUGACUGUCCACCAGCCGAAAGAAAACGAGAUCCUACUGCUCGCCGGCCUCGAAGCCUCAGACACUUGCCAAACACACCCCCUGUCCCCCUCUCAGGGUGGACAGCACCAGCAGAGAAGUACAGGUGUGUGCCUGGUGAAGUGUUUAGGGAGACGCUCCACCCAACCUGGCAACAUCAUCUUUGAGAUCAACAAGUUCCUGAUCGGUCUGCAGUGGGGAAAGGAGCGGCAGCUUCAGCAGGGCCGAGCAGCCAGGCAGCGGAUCGACGACGACACUAAUCGCUCCAUCUCGUCCAUAGAAGAAGACUUCCUGACGGCCUCAGAGCACCUUGGUGAUGACAGCGAGGACGAUGGUUUCAGAAAUGAACCAGAGAGUGGUGACCUGGCAGAAUGCUUGGUGGAGGUUGGACAGAAACAUGGUGUCAGACUUACAUGUCAGAGGGGACAGCUGGCCCAUUAUCAGAACAGGGAGGAUGCAGAGGUAAAGAAAGAAGGGCAUCAGCGAGCAAGCCUCCAUACUAAGGAAUCAGCUGGUCACUACGCCACCAAUCUGGCCGAAUCAGUACUACAAGACGCCUUCAUACGCCUCUCUCAAGAUGAAACCUCCUUUGUCUCCGAGGCUGCGGUAAGCGUGUCCCUCUCAAGUUGCACCGCCAACGCUACUCGUCUUUCAAAGAACAAGGAACCUUCCCAGCAGCGCACUUGCUCUUUUGAACUCCCAAAGAUUGUGAUAGUUCAAAGCCCGGACAGUUUGGACGGAGCGGCAGAAUGGCCAGAGACCCACGUGUCUCAUGUGCCUGACCAGGACAUCACUGCCAAAGCCCAAGAGAUGCCAGAGAAUGGAACACAGGCUCAAAUCCCCCACCGUGGUGGAGGACACCCAUCGAAACAUGUAGAGGUGGCUUUGGCCUGUGCUGCCAGUGUCAUUGGCACCAUUACCAACCCACAGCUGACAAAACAGCUUGCCAUGGAAUCGGCCUCAGAGGGAGACGCGGAGGAGGAGCUGCCGGAGCAAGAGGAGAGGGGUGACUACUCCUUCUCCUCAGCCAUGUGUGGCAUGGCUCAGGUAGCUGGUGCUGUAGCAGCUGUGGAACUCACAGAGGAGUCGGGGGAGUGCGGAGAUUCUGACGCAGAUUCCACUGACGUCUACACAGCAUCCUGUGGUCUGAUGUCUGCUGCCAAAGCCUCUGCAGCCAUCACACUGCACUGCAGUGUGGCAGAGGGUACCAGCGUCGAAGCGUUUCGUGCCAACAUUGCUGAGGUCCUACACAGGGAAGCAGCUGAGGUUCUGACUCAGCCACAAGGCUACAAAAGUAUAGCCCACCUGCUCGAGGCCACGCAUAUCAAGAUAUUAGAUGGCAUUAAUUGUCCAAAACAAUCUUACAUGGAUGAAAGGGAAGUGGACGAUUUAAUAAAUGAGGUGGCAGACAGCCUAUUCUCACAUGCUUUAGAGAAGGCAAAAAAGAAAAAGGAACUGGAGGGUAAUGGAAAAGAUGCCCCGGGCCUUCAGGUUUUUCUGCAGGACAGUGUUAACAACUUGCUGUUUGAUGUCCUUUGUCUGACACAGAAGAAAAUCUGUCACAUCUCAAGAGGUGACCAAAGGUCCUACGAGACUCAAGAGGGUAAUACUUGUGCUAGGGAGCCUUCUACCACCAAAGAGAGCAAGGCUCACUUAAGUCAGUUACAGUAUUUAGUUGGCCAUGGCCAGUCCACUAAUAGUGGGAACCAGUGCAGCAUCUUACACUGCACAGAUAAGCUUUCCAUGGUUCCCGGUCUGAGGGAGAAAUAUGUGCUUGAGGAAAGUGAUCUAAUUGCAUCUUUCUCCACUGCACAAAGCAAAGAGAAACAACAGCAGUCGUCGUGCAGACAAAGUCAGUCUAAAUCCACCUAUUUGCCUGCCAAGGACUUCUCUGAACAUCAGCAGAUCCAGCAGGGCAGUGGUGGCAUCAGGGAACCUCUGAGUGAAAUCCAAGUUUACAGCACAGACAGGAGAGGACGUGUAGUGCCAGGCAGUGACAGCAGACAGGCCUCCCUGACACCUCAGUCCUCCCUCACACCGCAGUCCUCCCUCAACUCGUGCAGUUCUCUGCUUUCUUGGAGAAUGGAUUCAGAGUCCAGGACACCAAUUACUUGCUAUGCUGAUGAUUUGGCUGCUACAGUCGUGUCUAUGGCCACUGAACUGGCCGCCAUCUGCCUCGAAAACAACACUGGGAAACAACCAUGGUUCUGUGCCCUCAAAGGGUCGUCUACUGAAGGGCCAGAAGCCUACUUGAUCCCUGCUUGUCGCACAGUGCUCAGGAGGAAAGAAGCUCAGAACAGCAAUGCUGCCUCCAAGAAACAUAGGGCACCACGCCUCAGUGAGAUCAAGAGGAAAACUGAGGAGCAACCAGAGCUGAUGGAGCGGCUGGUGAACCGCGUGGUGGAUGAAUCGGUGAACCUCGACGAACCACAGGAUCCAUUUGCCCUCUUUGCCUCUGAAGUCACGGCCAGGAUCAUGAACUGCCCUGAGCUCAACGUGGUGGAUACCUCUAAAACAGGACAGGCUCGCAGCAGGUUGCAGUGUGAGAGGUGGAGCCGUGGAAAGGCCUCUAGUUAUGAGAGCAUUCCAGAAGAAGAUGCAGACCCCACAGGCACACCCAACACAUUGGGCCUGGGCAGUCGGUUGGGUCAGAACUUGAGCCGCGGUAGCUCAAUCUCGAAGCAGUCCAGCUGUGAGAGCAUCACCGAUGAGUUUUCACGGUUCAUGGUGAACCAGAUGGAGACUGAGGGCAGGGGCUUUGACCUUCUGCUGGACUACUAUGCAGGAAAAAAUGCCAGCAACAUUUUGACUGCAGCUGUACAACAGGCUGCAUCAAAGAAAAAUGGUCACCUUAAUGUCAGGACCUCGUCCUGCCUGUCCAAACAGUCGAGCACAGAGAGCAUCACGGAGGAGUUCUACAGGUUUAUGCUUCGGGACAUGGACAAGGAAAACAGAGAGUAUGGCAUCGCCAAGACUAAGGAAUGGAGCAACAGCCUGUUCCCCCCUUCUCCUAGAACACCCUUCUGUAUACGACAGUCCUCUGUCCCAGACCGGCGCUCUUCAGACUCGAGACUGACUGUCAACUCACCCAUGAAAGCAAACUCUUUUGAUGGAUUUGCCCGCAAUGUGCAUGGAGAAACCCUGAACGUCUUCCCCAGCAACUCAGUGUCCGCUACAGGACUGUGCAAGUCAGACUCCUGCCUUUAUCAAAGGGGUAAAACUGACCGGAUUACUGAUAUGCUGAUUAAUGAGACCUGGUCGAGCUCCAUUGAGUCCUUGAUGAGAAAGAACAAGAUCAUUGCUGAUCCAGAGGACAGUAUUGAGCUGGAGGCUGCAGGAGACUCCCAGCCCUAUGUGCAGCAGUUUGCCAAUCGCCUGGCAGCUGACAUUGUAGAUAUUGGCAGGUCUGCCUUGGGGGGCCAGCAAGAUGUAGCUGGAGGUACACCUGGGUCUCUCUCACAGCCGUAUAUGCCUGUUGGUGAAAGGAGGAGGGGGUUCAAACAAUCUCAUCUCACUUGUGGUCGAAGUAGGUCCAGUCAGGAGCAAACUGGUAUUGGAGUAGGGUCCGGGACUAGUGACAGCAGCGCGCCCCGUAUGAGGGGUCCCAGAGAUGUGCCACUGAUCCACAUCGAGGGAGAUCAGAGGGAUGAAGACACUCGUUUAAACCCUGAAAGGACAGUAGGAGGCCCUCAUGAAACACCCCAAGAAGUGUUGGCUACCAAGCGUACAGAGAGAGCUACGGGCAACAGCAGUGAGAGGGACAGGCCAACUGUGGCGGUGGCUGCAGUAGUGAAGAGCGACAAGCGUUCAAUGAGUGCUAGCAGUGAAGAGAGCAUGGGGAGCUGGUCCCAUAUAACCCCAGAGGAUGACCCCCACGAGGAGACCAGUAGUUUUAUCCAGCUGAGCGAGGGGAACGGGACCAGCAGCGCAUCGAGCCUGGGCCAGGCAGACCUGGACGCUUUUUCCGAUGUGCCCACUCAGAUCACAGUGUUCAGUGAGCAGACAGAGAAAGGACAUCUUGCAGGAACAAAGGAAAAUGUCUUUGAGAGCGGUUCAGAGAGGACCACCGGCAGCAGCAGCCACCUCAGGGUCCUGCUGCUGGUGAACUGCGACCUUGAGCCCGAGUGCGUGGACUCCGAGCUGAGAGUCGCCCUGCAGUGGAUUGCUGCUUCUGAACUGGGCCUUCCUGCUCUCUACUUCAGCAAGUCCAAAGAGAAGAGGGUUGCAAAGUUCCAGAGGGUGGUCCACUUGAUGUCUCAAAAGGCGUGGCGGAUUGCAGACUUGUUCAACGCUGUGGUCCAGUUCUGUGAGCUACAUGAGAAAGAGGAAGAGGAGGGCCGGUCUCUGUCCAGCCUGUUUGAUUGGCUGUUGGAGACCCUGUAGCUCCCCUUACUGCAAACCAAAAGACACUUCUAACAUCGCACAUGUUCCAAACUGUUUGCCAGAUCCCGUCUCCUCAUACCAAAUGUCUCCUACUGCAAGUUGAAAGCACAACACGAUCAGCAUACUUGAGAAAUGUGUACACCUAAAUCUGUCCAUGGAGGUUGUUGAGUAUCUUUUGGCAGCCAUGAAUGGACCAGUCUCCCUUUAAUGAAAGCAUGUUUUUGUUUCCAGGACCACUUCUCGAGUGAGACACGCACAGAUUUUUACAGAUUCUGACAAACCAACGUAUGCUUAUAUUUAUUCCAAAUGAGCACACAAGAAGCAAGGUACCAAUAGAAAAAUAGAAAAUCCAUUUAAUGUCAGCAUCACCUCUCGUGAGACGCAUACAGAAACAGGAGGUAUAGUUUCUUUUAACUGUUACCGUCUCCACACAACUCAACAUGCUCAUACCUUUUAUAUCAACAGAAGCUCAGAAAAAAAAGCUAUUUCACCUUCUUCUGAUAGCCACUUAAAAGUGCAUAUUUGCUUAAAAUAAGCAAAAUGACCAUAUCUUUGUUGUGUUCAUCAGCCAACAUACCAUCUCUGUUGUGACCUUGAAAUUCAGUUCUAAGUAAGUAUGUUAUCUUAUUCAUGUUACUUGGGAACUGAUUAUUUUAGAUAGCUGUACUGUAUAUACUGUAGAUUUGGAACUUCUGCACCUUGGAGGAGUGGACUGCUCUCUUAAGCUUUUACUAUGUAAGGAAGACAGAGUGGGGUUUGUAAUGUUGAAUUUGUACGUGAAUUAGGUCUGUUCUCUACUGAGUGGUUCUCUAGUGUUGGGGGGAAAAAAGCACACAAUUCAGCUGUAAACUGUCACGGUAGAACUGAAUGUAUUUAUCUUUUGACAUCAAUAAAUUUCUGUGAUGUGAAAUAC